AUGGCGGUUGAACCAGCGCUCGAAGCGUCCGACUGCUCACAGACCCAGCCGGAGCUGCUUCACAGCCUCAAGCACAGCAGCAGCGUCCUCGCCCUCGCCGUCAGCCCCCAGCACGACUCCAUCUACGCCGGCACCCAGGAUGGCGAGAUUGUCGUCUGGUCGCUGUCCACCUUCCACCAGGUCCAGCAGGUCCAGGCGCACAAGCGGAGCGUCAUGUCGCUCUCGCUGUCUCCCGACGGCAACUACCUCUUCUCCAGCGCCUGCGAUCCCAUCAUCAACGUUUGGGAUCCUCGGACCAUGGUCCGCCUCUUCGAGAUCUACGGCAAUCACGACGUCGGCGACAUCUUUUCGACCGCUUACAGCGAGCAACACGACACGCUAUACAUUGGCGCGCAGAACAUGACGAUCCAGUGGGUGACGCUGAGUGACCCGAGCAUCAAGGCGACGCCCGACUCCCAGCGACACCCCGACCGAAGGAGCCAUCGCUUCUUCGACUCCAAGGCCGUUGGCGGAACGAGCACCCCGAGGCGAAGCGAAGACAAAUGGGGGCUGAUUCCUCGAGCUGACACGGUCCUGGAAAUCGACAGCGGCUCGGUUCGCAAGUUCGCCCACUACGGAUACGUCUACUGCAUGCUCAUCGCAAAGGGGCCUACUGUCGAGGUAAACCCGGACGAAGAGGUGCUCAUCUCGGGCGGCGGAGACGGUACGAUCAAGCUUUGGUGCAUCGGCAAACCGGGCAGAAGCGAUUCGAACAAUUCUCAGCACAACGGUCUGCGAGAGAUUAUGUGUCUCGGCACUGAUGAUGCCGAGUCGGUGCUGUCUCUGGCGCUGGACGGCUCCUUUCUGUAUGCCGGGAAGCUGGGCGGCAUUGUUGAGCUCUGGGACCUGGACACUGCUCAGAGGCUGAGGGUGAUCAAGGCGCAGAACCACGACAUCAUGUCCUUGCAGAUGGGCUGGGGCUACCUUUGGACCACCUCUGCCGACGGCUGGGCCAGUAAAUUCAGCACAGCGCACUAUGGAAGAUACCAGCAUGUCUCGAGGAAUGUGGCUCAGAAAUACCAGUGUCUCAACAAAUGGAAAGCACACAAUGGCAAAGAAAAGACCAAGAUACUGGCAUCGGCUUGCUCGACAUACAAAAGCAACCAAUACUACAUCACGGGGGCCAACGACAACGACAUUUGCGUGUGGAACAUCAAGGACGAAGCAGACUCCACAGCAGACUCCAAGAGCCCGACCGAAGAUGAUGUCCUCCUGUCUGCUCUCAACGAAUUUGUCUCGUACAAGACCGUCUCAUCCCGGCCCGAGUUUGCCGAAGACUGCCGCAAAGGCGCCACAUAUCUCGGUGCACUGUUCAAGCGCAUGGGCGGAUAUGUCGAGAUGCUCAGCACGGGCGAGUCGCACAAUCCUGUCGUGUUGGCCAAGUUCUCUGGAAAGAAGGAGUCUGCCGACAACCGAAAGCGAAUUCUCUUCUACGGACAUUACGACGUGGUGCCCGCUGACAGCGAAAAGAGCAAAUGGACAGCCGAUCCGUUUACCGUACGAGGAACGAACGGAUUCCUCUAUGGACGAGGCGUCAGCGACAACAAGGGCCCUAUCCUCGCUGCCCUGUUCGCUGUGACGGACUUGAUGCAGGCGCAGAAGCUCGAGAACGACGUCAUCUUCCUGAUUGAGGGAGAGGAAGAGUCUGGAUCCAGGGGCUUCGAGCAGGCAGUCCAGAGAAACAAGGAACGAAUUGGCUCCGUGGACUAUAUCCUGCUUGCCAACAGCUACUGGUUGGACGACGAGGUUCCGUGCCUGACCUAUGGGCUACGUGGCGUCCUGCACGCCACCGUCUGCGUUGAUUCGUCGCGCCCUGAUACGCACUCUGGUGUGGACGGUUCAUACGUCAACGACGAGCCCCUUUCAGACCUCACAACGGUGCUGUCCAGGCUCAAGGGCCGUGGCAACCGAGUCAUGAUUCCAGGCUUCUACGACGGUAUCCCUCCGGUGACGCCAGAGGAAGAGGCUCGCUACGACGAUAUCGCGUCCAUCCUGGUGCGCCGCAGCCCAGAGGCUGCCUCCGAGGCAGAGAUCAAGAAGUCACUUCUGGCGAGAUGGCGUGAGCCAAACCUGACAAUUCACCGGUACAACGUGUCGGGACCUGAUGGAAGCCUGGUGAGCAGCCACGCCAGUGCGCACAUCAGCAUGCGCCUGGUGCCAGGACAGGAGGUGAACGUGGUGGGGAUGGCGCUGACUCUCUUCCUGCAACGAGAGUUUGAGAGCCUCAACUCGGAGAACAAGCUGAAGAUUCGCAUCGACAACAAAGCCGAGCCGUGGCUGGGUGACCCGACAAACUACAUUUUCCGCACCUUGUGCACUGCCGUUGUGGAGGCCUGGCCCGAACGCUUCGAUGCGGGCUCUACCGCCGCCCAGGACUCGAGCUCGGAUGGAGACAGUGGCAAGAAAUCGCCGAGUGAAGGAUCAUCUGUGUGCACAGGCAAGCCAAAGAAGCCGCUCUACAUCCGCGAAGGCGGCUCCAUCCCGGCCAUCCGCUUCCUCGAGAAGGAAUUCGGAGCGCCAGCGGCUCAUCUGCCCUGCGGACGGGCGAGUGACGCGGCACACUUGGACAAUGAGCGGAUGAGCCUCAUCAACUUGGUCAAGGCCAGGGAGAUUUUCGGCAAGGUGUUUGUGCGGCUUUGA